GAGUCAAGAGGGCUUGGAGGCCUUCAUCCUCAUCAUCUCCCCCCUCCAUUACCCCCCUUCCCCAUGACCUCUGUCUCUCUGGCUGGCUAUUUACCUCCCAUCGCUACCUAGAACAGCCGACAAACGACACCGAGACUCUUCCAGAAUCAACCAUCCCCGACACCGCCGUGAGAUGCGAGCGCCGAGACCAUGUCCCGCAGCAAGCUGCCCUUCAGAUCGAGUUCCGUCAAGGCCAUGGGCUCCAGCCUCUUCUCCCGAAACCGCCGCGACGAUGCGCAGAAAGACAUGAUGAAGCCAUCCGGCGAACCCAGGCGUCGCCGGGCGUCGAUUUCCGUCGACGAGCGGCGGCCUUCGGAGCUUCAGCGGCCACCACUGACGAAAGACUCGAGGCCGCACCGGGACGAUCUUGACAAGUCGGUGGUGUCGUCGUCCAGCAGACGAAGAGAGUCUGCGUCUCGGUCAUCUGUAUCUCCUCACUCGCGCCAGAGACCGUCGGGCGCUGCAGGUGGUCACCACAGUCGCCAGUCCCGAUCGCCGCCUCGGCGUAGAUAUUCGUCCUCGGAAGUCCCGCGGCACCACGACAUGCCGCAGUCUCCCGUUCCCUCGCGAUCGCAACGAAGCGACAGUCACGAUCGUGAGCGGCGCGAACGACCGGGACAACAUGGACCGCCCGUCGCGGCUGGCGCGCUUCCAGUUUCUGCGCACAAGUCUGAAUGGAGCGCUUCUUCAAGGGAGGCCAGGCAAGAGGCCCGACGAUAUCCGCCCUCAGCGUCAUCAAACAAUAGGCCGCAGCCCACUAGGAGAGGCAGCUCUCCCUAUCACAGGCCUUCUGCAGCGUCCGAUAGACACCGCUCGGCCUCUGUAGAUGGUUACAACGCAAACUCCCAUCCAAACCCCCAGCACAACUCUGCCCAGCCGCCCAAUCCGCCCUUGCGUCGCACAAGACACGAGCGCAAAGGCUCCGACAGCUUCUUCAGCAAAUUCCCGACCUCCUUCGCCACAUAUGCGGGCAUCCGCGCACUCUCUGAACACGCAGACAAGGCCAAAGAAUGGGUCGAAUGGUUCAACAACGUCAAUGACGCCCCCGACGAGAUCCGCGCCCUCACUUCCAAAAUCUCGACCACGCGGGACACGAUCCAGCAGAUGAAGGAGUGCAUCGAGGCGCGCCCGGACCUGAUUGAGGACGAAACCGGCCAGGUGCUCAAGUCUCACAUCGAGGAAGCCAUUGACAGCACAAGUGAGACAUUGAAGAAGAUGACGAAACUGCUGGCGGGCUUCUCCGGAGCUGCCAAGCAGGAUGGCACAGCUCUUGGGCGCUUGGAGGAAUUCUGGCACUCGUACAACUACAAGCACGAGGGCGAGGAGCAGAUCAAGGCCGCUGAUGCCGAGCUGCAGCAGCAGUUAUUGCAGCUGGGCACCCUUAUGUCGAAUAUCUACGCUCGAGCUUUGAAAAGACCCUCGCCUUCAUCAACGGGCACAGCCACACCAAAUGCACCAUCUCCCCCUCAACAAAAGUCGAGGAUACAUGUGAACUCGGCGCCACAACCGCCAGUACACGCCCCAAUGCAGCAGCCAUCAACUUCAAUACCGAACCGAUCUCCUCCAUCACCUGAACUAUCUCCCAGAACUAGAGAACACUUUGAACCACCCGUUAACCCUCCAAAAGCCGCCACAAGCCCGCCGACACCCCCCCAUUCGGAGCCUUCUGUCGAGCAGCAACAGCCUCCGUCCCAUGCCUCUACCAGCGCUCCUACAGCAGGACCUGAUGAGUCCAGUACGCUCCCAAGCCCGAAAGAUAUCUUGCUAGAUGCUGCAUGGGAGGGAGAUGUCCGAACCGUUGCCAACUGCAUGCGUCAAGCGCCCCCCAACUCGUGCGAUCCUCACGGUCUUACACCACUUCACCUUGCUGUUGAACGCGAUCACAUGGCCGUCGCCAUGUAUUUGCUCGACCACGGCGCAGACGUCCAUGCCCGCGCCGACGGAGGCUGCAUGCCCCUUCACCUCGCUGCCCGCUACGCAUCAGCCGCCACAGUCGAGAUGCUCAUCGAGCGCGGCAAAGCCGACCCCAACUGCCAGACGACAGACGGAAGAACGCCGCUUCACUACGCCGCCCGAUCUGCCGAGGACGGAGAUGCCGAACGAAGAGAAGUGAUCCGCGCGUUGCGUGAUCUGGGGGCAAACCCUACUUUGAGGAACAGGCGAGGAGAGUUGCCUAGAGACGUCGCUCAGAAGAGAGACUUUUGGGAUGCGGCUGCGACGCUCAGCAGAGCGGAGCUGAAGUGGGAGCAGCAACAACAGCAGAGACUGCGGGAGCAGCAAUUACAAUUACAGAGACAGCAGCAGCUGCAACAGCGAGAACAGCGAGAACAGCAGAAUAGGCAGAACCUACCGAAAGACACAAACGUGCGAGAGAAGGGGGCGAAGAAGGAGGGCAGCUGGCUCCAGCGAUACGGACUCCGUAAAUAAUGAAUCACGAACACCUGACGAUAUACAUACUUCGAGCGCAUUCCCUUCUUCUUCAUGGCACGAAUUGCAUACAUAAGGCGCAGGUGGAUAUACUUUCC